GUGGUGGCCGAGCCGGAGGAGGAAGCGGGAGCCCGCUGUCCCGAGGGCCUGUGGCCUCUACCCCCACAGGUGUCACCAAGAGUGGUUUUCGUGCGGAUGAGCCGAUGGCAGCUCCCCAGCUCCAUUCUUGAGGCUUCCCUCAGGAAGAGAGUGAGCCACGGGUCUCUGUCCUGUGCAUUGCUGUGUCAGGAAUUGUGUGGAGUAGCUGUCUGCCCGUGGGCAGGAGGCUGCAAGGGCAACCCACAAAACCACCCAUGCCCCAACUCUGCUGUGUGGCUGUGGGAAGCCUCCGGACCCCAGUUUCCUUAAGAGGGGCAUCAGUAAUGUCCCUGCUCUCCAGGACUAAACGAAUUGUGUGUGAUACCACUUGGAGGAAAUAGGAAUCUAUGUGAGUUCUGUUGCCCUGAGUUUCCUGCACAUUCCCUGCAAGCAGAGCCCAGGAGUUGUCUUUUGGCAUCUCCUAUAGCGUCUGGCACAGUGCUGAGCAUCAGGCUGAGGAUGUCAGCUUCCUCUACCACCCCUGUGCACACCCAUGGCUGAAGCUCCAGCUUGCCCUUCUGGCCCACCUUUGUGUGGCCCGGCCCUCACUGGCCCCUGACUCUAGCCUCACUCAGGAGCGGCCCCUGGUGUUGGCAGCAUGGGGGGUGGUGCUGGAAAUGGCGUGGAUAGAGCCAGCCUGGGCUGCCCACCUGCUGAAGAGGCGGCGGCGGCGGAGGAGGAGGCAGAGGAAGAAGGCCUGGUUCUGCCCUGAUGGUCUUUCUGGGUUGUCUCCCUUGGUCCCAAGGCCAGGGCGAAGGAGGCUGUGCUGGAGAGGGUGUGUGCAGGCCCCAGCUUUAGCCUUUACUCUGUGGAGCUGGAGGCCCUCCAGUGCAGAGGAGGCAACUAGAGGGCCCAGGCGCCUCUCUCCUGGCGGUGCCAAGAGGCGUGGGCUGCGUGCUGCCUUCGGUCUCCAGCCCACCCCCUCAGCCCUGAGGUUCCCCUCUGCUUCUCCACCGAGCUUGGAGGCCAAGUGGCCCGUAUUGGCAGCUCAGGGUGAGGGAGGUAAGGCGCCCUCUGUGCCCACUCUCUCCUUGCUGCCCGAGGGUCUGGGCGGCAAUGCCAGCUCUGGGCUAGAGACCCAGGAGCCCAAAGGGCAGAGCAGCCCAGGCGGCUGCACCUGUCCAGGUGGGGCUUCCCCAGCCCCUCAGGCAGCAGUGCCUCCACCCGUAGUCCGGGGUCCCACCCCUCGCACGGAGGAGGCCGCUUGGGCUGCCAUGGCCCUGACCUUCCUGCUAGUGCUGCUCACUCUGGCCACGCUCUGCACUCGGCUGCACCGGAACUUUCGACGCGGGGAGAGCAUCUACUGGGAGCCCACAGCGGACAGCCAGGACACGGUGGCCGCUGUGCUGAAGCGGAGGCUGCUCUUGCCCCCGCGCCGUCUCAAGCGCUCCCGCCGGAGACCCCUUCUCCCGCCCUCGCCGGACAGCGGCCCAGACGGGGACAGCUCCGACUGACCUGCCCCAGCCCUGCCACUGCAGUGGUGGUGGUGAAGGGGACCUUUGCCCAGGAGGCCGUGACCUCUGCCACGUGGACCCUGCGCGGGACCGCCUCCUGGCGGCCGGCCGAAGCGCAUCCCGCCUAAGCAUCGCAAAGGGGCUUGUCCCUCCGCCUCCAGUGUGGCUUGCUACCUUGCUACCGAGGGUUGAGGGAAGGGGCCCACAGCCUCCCUUGCCUGUAUUUCUAAUUAAAUUAUUUUGGUAGA